AUGGCUCAGAAAGUUGUGAGUAGCAGCAUAGAUGCAGAGGGCAGGCCCCAUGCUCUGCAGAGCAACCCUGCCUGCGGGACGCGUGUCGAGCAGCACGCCAAUGGCUCCGUGGUGGUCGAGGCGUUCUACACUGGGUGUUAUGUCAACGAGAGAGAUGGCAGCUUUGUGAUGACAGUCCAGAUUGAAGGCCCUGUGGCUUCCUACAAGGAGGAGCUGAGGUGCCCAAACCACCUUCUAGCCCGGGAUGCCCCGAGCCCUAGCGUGUGCUCUGCCGUCCAGGCCUCGGCUCGGCUGCCGUGCGCUGCCCCACCCAUCACACGAGGCGACUGCGAAGAGCUGGGCUGCUGCUACCAGCCCGGCGACAGGCUGACUCCCUGCUACUAUGGCGACAAGGUGACUGCGCAGUGCACCCCAGAUGGCCAGUUCUCAGUUGCAAUCUCAAGGGAUGUGACCAUGCCACCCCUGGACCUGAGCUCAGUGCACCUGGUCAGCGCUCACGGCAGCAGAUGUGCCCCGGUGUCUAGGAACGAAGACUUUGUUGUGUAUCGCUUCCCACUCUCAGCCUGCGGGACCACUGUCCAGGCAUCUGGAGACCAGCAGGUGUAUGAGAAUGAGCUGGUAGCAGACCGCCAGGUGCUCACCUCCCGUUCUGGCUCCAUCACUCGGGACAGCACCUUCAGGCUGACCAUCCGCUGCAGCUACUCGGCUGAGGACUUCCUCCCUGUGAACGUUGUGGUCUCCACCCUUCCUCCACCGCCUCCCGUGGUCGGGCAGGGACCCCUAGCCUUGGAGAUGAGGAUUGCUACAGAUGAGCAUUACAGCACCUACUACGCAGACCGCGAGUACCCAGUGGUGAAGUUUCUCCGGGACCCUGUGCAUGUGGAGGUCCGUAUCCUCCAGAGAACAGACCCGAGCCUGGCUCUGGUCCUGCACCAGUGCUGGGCCACCCCAAGCACCAACCCCCUGCAGCAGCCAGAGUGGCCGAUCCUUGUGGAUGGGUGCCCUUAUGAAGGUGACCACUACCAGACCCAGCUGGUGCUUGUGAGCGAGGCCUCAGGGCUGCAGUUCCCAUCUCACCAUCAGCGCUUCGUUGUCAGCACUUUCACCUUUGUGGACGCCACCUCCCAGCAAGCGCUCUCAGGCCCAGUGUAUUUCCACUGCAGUGCCUCUGCCUGCAUGCCCUCUGGGCUGGAACGCUGUGUAGUCCAAUGCCCCACAAGCCUACAGGGGAGGAGUAAGUCUAGCCAAGCAUGGGGGGAGGAGCCCCUGAGCCUGGUGACAGCUGAGGGGCCUGUGGACUUCCGUGCUGGCCAGGAAGCAGAGGAAGACCUUGUCCAGGAAGAAGGUUCCCAUGGACUCAGGCCCCCGGUGGAGUGGGGAGAGGUGCUGGUGCCAGUGGCACCGGCUGUCGCUGCUGUUGCGGUUGCUGUCAUGGUGGCUCUGGGCCUGAGGAAGCUCUGGGGCAGGCGAGGACGUGCCAAUGGGACCACACCUGCUUAA